AUGGAGGUGGAUGAGGAGGCGGUUGUGGAGGUGACGGCGGUGAUGGAGAGCGAGGCCGCAGACGAUGGCGAGGGCGCCACCAGCAGCCUGGAGGUCGCUUCGCCGCCUUCGCCCGGCUCCCCGCCUUCGUCGCGCCCGCACACGCCCACUCACGGCCACGCCCCCGCUACCUCCGCCGCCGCCGCCGCCGCCGCCGCGUCCUCCUCCAGCGGGGACGAUUUCCCCACCCACCCCUCGCCCUCGGAGCCUCACGCCCACAUCCACCGCCACCACCACGUCCUGCACCACGCCCUCUCGUCCUCGUCCUCGGCCACGCCCCCUCCCCACGCCCCUAACCUGGAACAAGACGUCGACAGCCAAUCCGUGGCCUCACCUUUGAGCUACGACCACGCUCGCUCCGCCUACGACGAGGAGGAGAGGUCGGGAUUGGCGGAGGAAGGCGGUGGGCGGGACCUCGGAGCAAUGGGGGCGGGCCGUCUGGAGGAGGAGGGGGAGGAGCGCGAAGAACCGCCCACACCUCCGCCCAAACCCUUAUCUUCACCCAAGACAGAAGAGCGCCGGCUGGAGGGGGCGGCAACAUCCCCUGGCCCCACCCCUCUCGGUGACGUCACGUCCACGUCACACCUCUCUCCACCACUCAUACGGCCUCCAGUCUCCAUGAGCGGCGCGGUGGGCGGGGCCAUAGGCGGGUCGAGCUUCACGCCACACUUGUUUCCUUCGCUCAUAGACAGAUCAGCUGGUUAUACCACAGCAAUCAUAUCUAUUUUCUCCUGCCUCCGUUACGACAGAACAGGCUUCCUUCUGUUAGCCCACACUUUCUCGGACUGA